ACAGUGGCGCAGACCCGGAGCUCCGCAGGGCUCCUAACCGUGUACAGCUCGCCCUAAACCAGGGCUUCUCUGAUGGAGCUUGUUUGUGGGGCACUCCGAGCCUCUUGCAGGAAUAACUCAGUGGCACGAACAGCCUGCGCAUGCGUGCGACCUCCCUGCGCGUGAAGGGGCGUUUCCGCAUAUUGAGAAGGAGCCUAUAUGCGCGCGUGCUGUGCCGUCAGCGCUGAACGUGGACGGGAUGUCGACCCACGGGGAGUACGACUGCAUCGUGAUCGGGGCCGGGGUCCAGGGCUCCUUCACGGCCUAUCAGCUGGCAACGAGGAACCAGAAGACUCUGCUGCUGGAGCAGUUCAUCCUGCCCCACAGCCGAGGCAGCUCCCAUGGCCAGACCCGCAUCAUCCGCAAGGCCUACGAGCAGGACUUCUACACCCACAUGAUGGAGGAGUGCUACGAGCUGUGGGCCCAGCUGGAGCGGGAGGCGGGUGUCAAGCUGUACAGACAAACGGGGCUCCUGGUGAUGGGACCAGAGGACAGUCAGAGUUACCAGCAGAUUAAGGACACCCUGCAGAAAAACAAGGUUCCUAUGGCAAUCCUGAACCGUGACAACUUCUGCCAGCACAUCCCCAAUGUCAACCUGGCUGUGGGAGAUGGCGCGGUGGUGGACAUAACCGCUGGAGUUCUGUAUGCUGACCGUGCACUCAAGACUGUACAGGGGCAGUUUGAGAAGCUGGGCGGGGUCAUCAGAGACAACGAGAAGGUAACUGACAUCAAGCCUGGCCCUGUGGUGACAGUGGCAACCUCUGCUGCUGUUUAUCGAGCCAAGAGCCUGGUGAUCACCGCUGGCCCCUGGGCUAAUAGACUGCUGGCCCACACUGGCCUACAGUUGCCACUCAAGGUGGUGAAGAUCAACGUGUGCUACUGGAAAGAGAAGGUUCCAGGAUCAUAUGACGUGAAGCAGCGCUUUCCCUGCGUCUUGGUGACUGAGAGCAAGGAAUCCAAAGAUCACAUCUACGGCCUCCCGUCCAAUGAGUACCCGGGCCUGAUGAAGAUAUGCCACCAUAUGGGCAGUGAGACAGACCCAGACCAGCGAGACAAGCAGACAGACAGGUCUGAUAUUGACAUCCUCCAGCGCUGCAUUGCCCGCUGUUUUCCUGGCCUGGUCCCUGAACCUGCUGUGGUGGAGAGCUGCAUGUACACGCUAACGCCUGACCAUCAUUUUGUGCUGGACCGCCACCCGGCCCACAGCAACAUUGUGUUGGGAGCAGGCUUCUCCGGUCAUGGCUUCAAGUUUGGACCAAUCAUUGGAAAGCUCCUGUGUGAACUCACCCUGGGAGAAGUGCCCUCCUAUGACCUUUCACCUUUUCGAAUCAGACGCUUCCUGGAUAAGACCAAAUCAGCUUUAUAGGGCUGUGGCUGGAGGCUAAGGGCAUCAACCGUCACCAGAAGUCUUUUCUAAUUGUGGCUGUAGUAUGAUUUGGUAAUUUAACCCUAUGAUGUUCAUCAUAAUCACACAAUCAUGUAACCAAGGUUUUGUCUGCUGCUUUAUUUGAUGUAGUCGUUGUACGGCAGCUGUUUAAGUCAGUGUACCUGCAGAUACAUCACCAGCUUAGCAUCACUCUAUGCAGUUGUCUGAUUUCUUAAAGGAAUAGUUCAACAUUUUGGGAACUAGGUUGAUGUCUAUAUUGUGAAUGUAAAGCUACAGCCAGGAGGCGAUUAGCUUAGCUUAAGCUUGGAAGACAAUAGCUUGUCUCUGUGCAAAGUUUAUUUUUAUUUUGUAUCUGCCUACGAGCAUUUUUUAAUUGUUUCUUAUUACGGCGGCUCACUUUAAAAGCAACAUGAACAAAGCAAGUGAGCACCAAGCUGUUUCUCUCACAUCGGCUCAGUUAAGAAUCAUCUGUUGACAGCCGGGCUCCUCCACCACUGACGACAUCGCCAGGUAACAAAGUCCUCUAUGGACUCAGUAAUGUAACUGGGCCUAGCGCAGCCGACCUGCCCAUACGCUUUCCCCCAAUAUUAAUUUGUUAUGAGUCCUGGUGCUUUUUUGCAUAUCCGUGAGGUGCUCGGCUCGCACUGGGACCACUAACCCAACUUGUUCAGGUCCUUUGUUUCACUCUGUAUCUUCAUACAGUAUUUACCAUACAAGAGAGUGGUAUACAUCUUCACAUCUCUGGGCAAGACAACAAAUAAGUGCAUCUGCCAAAAUGAAACCUGGUUUCUGUAAGUGGUACAGCAAAUUUCACACAAUAUAUAAAUAUGUUCACAAGAAAAAGCUGUGCUAUUUCGACAUCUUCUCUCUUAGUGCAUGAAAAUGUUAUGAACGAUGAUAUCCUGCUUAAAUGAGUUCUCAGAGU